UAUUUAAACUAGACCAUUAAACUCAACUUCGUAGCUUGAAUCGAUCGACCAAGUUAGCAACAAUGUACCUUAAAACACUAGUAUUUUGUGCACUUUUAAGCCUUUGCAAUGGCUACAAAAUACUGGCUGUUUUUCCAACACCAUUUCACAGCCAUUGCACUUUAGCCUCCAAACUUGUAACAGAAUUAGCUAAGAGGGGCCAUGAAGUCACUUACCUCAGCCCGUUUCCCAAAAAAACCCAAACUAAAAACUUGAGAGAAAUUUCUUUGGAAAGUAUCAUUCCGGUAAUCAAUGAACGGAAAAAACAGUUACUCUCAUUAAAUGACCACAGUGUUUUCCACACUGUGCACUUUCUUACGAAUAUGGGUUACGCGGUAACGGAAGAGUUCUAUCGGAACGAGAAUGUGCAAAAAUUGUUAAAGUCGCAAGAACACUUCGAUCUGAUAAUAUUGGCACAAUUUGUAAAUGAAGGUUUGGUUGGGCUUGCCCAUCACUUCAACGCCCCUUUUGUCCUAAUGUCUUCAAUGCCCCUUUUCGCUUGGAGCAAAUUUUUUCUAACCCAUCCGGCACCAUCGUCAUAUGUCCCAAAUUUGUUGACUCCAUACUCAGGUCAUAUGAAUUUUUGGCAACGCCUCUGUAACAGUAUUUACGACGUUUAUUCGAUACUCUACCACCAGUGGGUCAUUUUGCCAAAACAUAACCAAGUGAUCAAAAAACAUAUACGGGGUGAGCCAGACGUACACAAUCUCCUUAACAAUGCUAGUCUUCUGUUGGUCAAUUCGCACGUCAGUGCAAAUGAACCCACAGUUCAAAUACCAAAUGUGGUCGAAAUGGGUGGCAUGCAUUUAGAAGAACCCAAAAAACUGCCGGAGGAUCUCCAGAAAUUUCUGGACGGUUCCAAAGAUGGUGUUAUAGUGUUUUCCAUGGGUUCGAAUUUGAAAAGUUCGGACUUGCCACGGGACAAAAGAGAUGCAAUUCUUCGGGCGUUUUCGAAAUUGAAGCAAAAUGUUUUGUGGAAAUGGGAAGAGGAGGAACUUCCAGGACAACCAAAAAAUGUCAAGUUGAUGAAAUGGAUGCCACAAACGGACAUUUUGGCUCAUCCAAAUGUCAAAGCUUUCGUCACCCAUGGCGGACUACUAAGUACCAUGGAAAGUAUCUACCGUGGGGUACCAACAAUUGGAAUACCCAUUUUCUCGGACCAGAAAACCAACAUGGAAAUUGCGGUUUCGUACGGUUAUGCCCUUCUGCUACCUUUACAAGAACUGACCGAAGAAAAAUUAUCCUCAGCUUUAGAUGAAAUUUUAAGCAAUCCUAAGUAUAGAGAAAAUGUCUUAAAGCGAUCGAAAAUAAUGAAAGAUCGCCCGAUUAAGCCGCUGGAUAACGCCAUCUAUUGGAUUGAAUACGUUAUCCGCCACCAAGGAGCCCCCCAUCUUAGGUACCCCGGAAUGGACUUGAACUGGUUUCAAAGAAAUCUGCUGGAUGUUGGCGCUUUUGCCACAAUUGCGCUUUUGCUUAUUUUGGCUUUAAUUCGUUUAAUUGUGAAACUAAUUUUUAACAAAAAGGUGACCAAAGAAAAAAUUAACUAAUUCAUUAUUUUAAUUUGAAAUAAAUAAAGAAAGAGAUAUCGCCUAGA